GUGGGAUAUGAACGGAAGAGACUAAAAACGAACCUCCUGGGUUGGAUCUAACCGUGUAUGAAAAUGGGUGAGUUAAAAUCGUGUUAGAUGUGAUGACAGCCUGAUUUGGUGGGUGACCUGUUGUCAGAGCUGAUAGUGUACUCUUCUCCCAGGUGGUAGAUUUGUGGGUUUUACUUAUCAGACUGAUUCUAUUUAUUAUUGGGUUAUAGUACAGGAAGAGUCCAGUUGUAGAUCAGCAUGAAUGUGUUUACAUUGCAUGUUUUAGCAGGCUAGAUCUGAUGGGAUGUUUAACUUUCUCCUGUCUGGAUAAAAUCAUGUCUUCUGUGUGUGCUGCUUUGUAAAGCUUCAAUGAUUUGUGAGAGCUUUUCCAUAGAUUCUGAUGUGAGAGCUUAUGAAUCUCACCCACUCUGACCCAUGGGCAUUUUGUAGCAAAUAAACGAAUGACCCAUUUAAAGGGAAUUAUUCACUAAACACAUAUUUGAAAUUAAUAAUAAAAAAAAUUGAGUUGCAAAAUUUUAAACUCUCCAAUUCGCCUUUAGUUACAGCUGAGCAGUUGUAGCCUAAAUCUUGCAGUUUCUUUUUUUUAAAGCAAACCCCACAGUUUCGCAUUUCUAUUUUUUGCAUGUUUUUCUUCAUAACUAAGCGAUUAUCUUCAGCUUGGUCCGCUUUUCUGUAUUUAUCAACUGCAUUUUAUUUUUAUUUUUAAAUUUCAGAUGAGGAAACGAUAGUGACACCACUUAAUGUCUUGCUGGUGGGUGAAGGAAACUUUUCUUUCUCUGUUUCCCUUUGUGAUGCCAGUCACGGCAAAUAUCACAUUACUGCCACUUGCUAUGAUAAUGAAGAGAACAUAACAAGGCAGCCCUUUACUUGGAGCAAUGUGCAUCAUCUUAGAGAAAAAGGUAAAAUGUGUUUGGUUUCUUGUUGUGGACAAGUUUCAUUUAUUGCUAUUCUUACUUAAAGCUGACAUUUUUUUUAAAUAUGUUUUUGAUUGGCAUUGUAGCUUGAAGUGUAGUUGUCUUGGUAUGCAACACUUUUGUUAACAAAUUUUUAUUUUAAGUUAAGUAUUUUAAAAUUCCCUCUGCAUUGUGUUGGCAAACUCAUAGAGACUAGAAAGUAAAAAAAAUUGGUCCAUCCCCACCUGUCAAUCAAUUCUCAGCUUUGAAAUCUAUGACUGAUAGGGAGAGCUGGAGAAUCCUUCUGUAGGUGCGUCUCCUGCUUUCUAGCAAAACAAGCUUACUGUUGAAUAUAGGAAUGUGGAGAUAGGUAUCAGAUGAUGAUGGACUGGCUAUGUUUGGAGAUGGUAUUGUUACCAUGUGAUGGACCUACCAUAUAGUUGACCCAAUGGGAUCCUUUUCCAAACCUGUGAAAUUUUAAUAUUACCUCAGCCCAAGCUCACUGAGGUCCUUCAAAAUGUGGGGGCCAUACUGGGGUCCUUAUGAAAUGUAUUGAUAUAUAGCCUACAAUUUUAUCUAUAUAUGUGUUGGCCAAAGUAAACAUGUAAUGUUAUUUCGUGUUACAUUAUCUUUGGAUGAGCAAGCUAUUGGAGGAUGCAGUUUGCUUUAUUUGAGGGUAAAAUGGCUUCUUGUGGUAGGGGCUCUGUCUGGGUUAGGACACCAUGUUGUGGUUUAGAGAAAUAUGCAGGAAGCCGUCUUUAAUUAAAAGACCACUCCAAACACCAUUAGCACAACAGCACUCUGUGUUAGUUAUAGCUCCAGGGGUGCCCCCACCCCCUCCCAAUGUAAGUAUACAAACUGUUGUUUGAUUUGUUAUCUGGGGUCUGUCGGGCGCUCUCUGAUUGCUCUCAGCCUGACUGCUCUCAGCCACGUGCUAAAUCAGGGGUAGGUAACCUUCAUAACGCCAGAUGUUGUGGACUACAUCUACCAUAAUGCUUUUCCAGCAUUAUGGCUGUAAGACUAUUAUUGGAGAUGUUGUCCACAACAUCUGGAGUGUCGAAGUAUACCUACCCCAGUGCUAAGUCCUGCACCUCUGGACUUAGCUCAGAGCUGAGAGCUUCCAUGCUGUAGUGGUUAUGGUGCUUGGAGUGUCCCUUUCAGUAUAUCUUUUAAAUGAGACACUUGUUGGUGUUUUGUUUUUUCCAGCAUAGUGCAGGGAAUACACCUUUACAUACCUAAAUUUCUCUUCCAAUGCGAUUUAUGAAUGACAUAUUCACUGGUUAAUAACAGAUUGGUUGGCUCCUCUGCAGUUUGUUUUAUAAAAAUAAGUAAAUGCCUGGACAUAGGCAGACAUUCGGGACUUAGAAAAAAUGUGGCCAAUCAUCAUGGGAGCUGUAGUUUUUUUAUCUUAGCUACUUCUUAUCCGUGCUGUAAGUAUACCAUGACUCUCUCGCACCCUGUUUCCACAUCUAUAUUGCUCUCUCAUGCGUAUAUCUGCUUCCUUCUGUUAUAAGAAUCCAUGUAUAAAACUAGGCUCUCUAGCACAGGAAACCUAUCUACAAAUGAUUUAUUGUGCGUUUUAUUUCACAGGAGCGGUCGUCCACUUUGGAGUAGAUGCUACAAGGCUGAAAGAUUACGAGUGGUCAUCUCAUGCUCCUUAUGAUAGAGUUAUAUUCAACUUCCCUCAUUGUGGAAGGAAGGCUGGUGUGAAGAAGAACAGGGAACUGCUGGCAAGAUUCUUUCACAGGUUAGUAAAUACGCCUGGAAACAAAAUGAUUAGUGGUCAACACGGUAAACUGAUGUUAGUAUUUGCUUUAAAGCUUCCACUUACUUUGUGUAAUGGAGUAAGACUGAAUAUAAAACAUAUUAGGACAGUUAACCAUUUGGGUUGUUCACUAAACCAGGGUCUGACCAGAACUGACAGGGGUGUUCACAUAUUAGAACUGACAGGGUUGUACCCAUAAUAGAACUGACAGGAGUGUGCACACAUUAGAACUGACAGGAGUGUGCACACAUGGGGUGUGCACACAUUAGAACUGACAGGGGUGUGCACACAUGGGGUGUGCGCACAUUAGAACUGACAGGGUUGUACCCAUAUUAGAACUGACAGGGGUGUGCACACAUUAGAACUGACAGGGGUGUGCACACAUUAGAACUGACAUGGGUGUGCACACAUUAGAACUGACAGGGGUGUGCACACAUUAGAACUGACAGGGGUGUGCACACAUUAGAACUGACAGGGGUAUGCACACAUUAGAACUGACAGGGGUGUGCACACAUUAGAACUGACAGGGGUGUGCACACAUUAGAACUGACAGGGGUGUGCACACAUUAGAACUGACAGGGGUGUGCACACAUUAGAACUGACAGGGGUGUUCUCACAUUAGAACUGACAGGGUUGUACCCAUAUUAGAACUGACAGGGGUGUGCACACAUUAGAACUGACAUGGGUGUGCACACAUUAGAACUGACAGGGGUGUGCACACAUUAGAACUGACAGGGUUGUACCCAUAUUAGAACCGACAGGGGUGUGCACACAUUAGAACCGACAGGUGUGUGCACACAUUAGAACUGACGGGGGUGUGCACACAUUAGAACUGACGGGGGUGUGCACACAUUAGAACUGACGGGGGUGUGUACACAUUAGAACUGACGGGGGUGUGUACACAUUAGAACUGACGGGGGUGUGCACACAUUAGAACUGACGGGGGUGUGCACACAUUAGAACUGACGGGGGUGUGCACACAUUAGAACUGACGGGGGUGUGCACACAUUAGAACGGACGGGGGUGUGCACACAUUAGAACGGACGGGGGUGUGCACACAUUAGAACGGACGGGGGUGUGCACACAUUAGAACGGACGGGGGUGUGCACAUAUUAACCUAAAAGAGCAAAGCUAAAAAUCGUCAAAUUGUAGAAAAGUUUGGCUACUUUGACCUAAAACUUGCAGCUUACUGACAAAGACAGACAACACUGUGCCCACGUCUCUUUUAUUUAAAUAUUGCAAGAACUCUAGCUGAGUAACAUUAUCAGAAUAAGCUAGGUCUAUCUGGCCAAAAUGUGUUCCGAGUGCUCCGUUCUAUUUGAAGUGACCUUGCUUUACCCAGCGUUAUAGAAAUCUCACAAAGACAUUGUUCUUGGGGGAAAAUACCUGGCAAAAGUGACCUGGCAAUAAAGACUGCAUCCAAUCCACAAACGGUGUCUAAUUUUAAAACUGCUCAGGCUAGAAUGGACAUGUGAAUUUGUUGGUAAAACACAGAUAUUGUCAAUAUUGAAUUCUAAUACUGCCGUGUGUUGAAACAUUUAAAGAUCUGUAUUGCUCUCUAGUUGCACGGAUGUCCUCAGCCAGAAUGGAGAUAUCCAUGUGGCCUUGUGCCAAGGGCAAGGGGGCACGCCGGCUGAUCAACCAAUGAGAGAGUGGCAUAACAGCUGGCAAGUGACAGCCAUGGCAGCAAAAGCAGGAUUCAUCUUGACCUCCGUGGUUCCUUUUGGGUGUGAUGAACACAAUGGAUACCAGUGCACAGGAUACAGGUACGGUGGAACUUAUUUAUUUUUUUUAUGAAUGGGGAGCUACUUAUUGCCUUUGCAUGUCAGCUGACUGCUCUAAGCAAAUCAGCGGUGCUCAUGUCUGAUGCUGCCCAAGCAUUCCGUUAUCUAGGAUUUCAUAAAGUAGGAGAGCAGUGCAAUCCGGCACUGGAGCACAGGCUUUAGGGUUUAACGUCUAAAAAUAAGCCAGAACCUGGGGCCUCCUGGCACCAUAACUACUUCAUCUAACUGAAGUUGUUAUUGUGCCCAACUGGUUCUUAAAAAUAAGUAAAUGUAAAUGUCCUUUACUCUUUUAUAUAUAAAUCAAAAGAACAUUUGAUUUUUAACUUUGUACUGUUAAUUAUUGUGUAUGAAGUUGUAUGUCUUAAAAUACUUCUAAUUUCCGUUUUUUUUAUUUUUUUUUAUUAUUUUAAUUCCUUAAUGACGGGUUAGGCAUAUCAUUUAAUAUCAUGACAUAGACUGUGUGUUAUUGGUCAUUAAGAGGUUAAGCAGUUUGACUAUUAAUAUUGUUUUCAUGAAUGGUUUAUGUUUUAUUAUUUUAAACAGAAGCCAAGAGAAAUCAUUCCAUGUAACUGGCUCAUUGAAUCACAUCUUCACUAGGAGUUUGCCGUUAGAGAACAUGAUUCCAUUGGAUAUAAUCAGCAAGUUAACAAAAAUACCACCUUUAGGUGUGAUCGCAGAGGACUGUGACAGUACUAUAGAAAGGUAAUAAGGCAUUUCUACCAGAACAGAUAAAUACUGGGUCAUUUUGUACAACAGCUAUUUGUGAACGGUAGUUUCCCUGAAACAAGUCUCAGAUUAGGACUGAAAUGUUAAAAUUCGCUUGUAAGUGUCAUUGAUGUAAAGGAAGGCAGCGCUGAGUGAUUAUGAGUGAAGACGUCAUAAUUCAUUAGUUGUGUUUGCGUACUAUAUAGAUACACAAACACACACACGUUUGUGUAUAAAUUCAGUGAGCAGAUUGUUUUAUUUUAUCACUGUGGUGUAUUUAUUGUUACGUAAUUUCAGCAGUAAUAUUCCAUAAUGAACAGGGAACAAUGAACGGUUUGCCAGUAUUUAUGCAUAUCUCUUGAACUGUGAUCUUUAGAGGGACAACUCAUUGAAGUGGUCUGGGUGCAAUGUCCCAUGUCCCUUAACCCUACUGAGAAAGUGCAAUAAUUAACUCUGAGGGUUAACUCCUCCUCUAGUGGCUGUCUGGUAGACUUCCGGAAUCGAAACGGACCUUUGGUCCGUUAUCUGAAGCUGGAGGUCCUCAUGCUAUGCGUGAGGACUUCCAGUGUCAGAUUUUCCUCUUAGGAAAGCAUUGAAUAAUGCUUUUAUUUGGGGAAAUCCUAAUACGAGCGCAUGUGCAUUAGGUCUCCCCCGCCGGCUGUCGUUUCCUGGGGUAAGAACGUGGGCGGAGCCUGACCCAGCGCUGAGGGACAUCGGCACUGGAUACAGGAAAGUGACUGAAGGGGUUUUAGCCCCUUCAGCACCGAGGGAGGGGGGCAAUCCAGGAAUCUAUAGUGCCAGGAAAACUGGUUUGUUUUCCUGGCACUAUAGUAUCCAUUUAAAUCUGGACUGUAAUGUAUGACCCUCUGUUUAACUUUAUAAGCUCUUUAAGUAAGAUUCCCCAAAUUGCUCUCUUAAUGUUUUUUUUUUCUUCUAUAUGUAUAUUUAGAUGCAGAUGUUUCUUGAAUAGAGAUCGGUGUCAUCCCACCAGCAUGGUUAAUGAGGACCUUAUAGCCUUCUUUGGAAGAAGUAUGAGCGUUAAAUGCUUGGAAGACACACAGCCGCUUGUAUGCAAUUUUGACAGAGCUCCAGCUUUCUACGUGACUCGGCACGAUCUGUAUUACAUUAAGGAAGAGAUGGCAGAAAGUUCUUACCAGUGCUCUUGUGAUCUGCAGAAGAUCUGCUCUCAAAAUCAAAACACUAUGACAGAGAAUCACACAGCUCCAUGUUCUUAUGCAGACCAAAACUGUAAACACUUAUAUUAUAUGAGACCAUCACUGACCCACUGUAUUUCCAAUAUAAUUAUGGAAAAAGAUUUUGCUUCUGAUUCUUUGUACGUUCUCAGUGGACCUGUUUUUAAGAAGUGCUUGAUAUCACAGUGGACCAUGCCAACUUACCUGGAGACCCUCCUAGUGUUGGGUUCUCUGAAUGGCAGUGUUACAGCUGACCUUCAAGUGCUGAUGGAUACAGUUGAGAAAUUUAUAGAAUCCCAACGAACAUUUAUCACCAAUGACACAAAGUGUUCUGUUAAUGAAGAAAUGGAAAAACAUGACAGCCACAUCAUUUUAAGUUUCUGCAAGAACCUUGUAAAUGGAGAAUGUUACUCAAUUAAAAUGUCAUCGACUCUUUGUGAUGAUGAUCAAGUUAUCGGACAAAUAAUGACUGCAGCACCAGGCCAGCUAGUCAAGGACGUUGGUGUGUUACUUGUGACAUUCAACAUGGACCUACUGACCAUGUGUCUUUUGGAUAUCCCUGACUGGCGACUGCUGUGGACGGCAGAUGACCGAUUUAUGCAGCAGUACAGAAAACAUGGACUGAAAACCUUUCAGUAUUUCUCGUUACAUCCCCCAUCUUACACCCAUGAUGUCAGUUUCUGGGUAGAAGAUGUUUCGGCAUUUGACGACUUAGAGUUUCACACUAUAGCCCGGAAAGUCACCAAGGGAACUAUUACCAAAAUUCAUCUGCAAGAUCAGUUUGACAAUAUAACAACUGGAAAGACCAGUCUGUGUUACAGGAUUACCUAUCAGUCUUGUGAUCGGGCACUGAGCUAUGAUGAAGCAUCAGCAAUGCAACUGCUAUUAAGGGAAGAGUUGCAAAGAUGUUUAAAUGUCACUCUUCGAUGAUCUUCGAUGCCAGCAUUUCAACGGAUGCAUUGUAGUGACUUCCUCUCACAAGCUCUGCACUAAUAGUAUCGGUGUUGCCAUGGUAACGCGUGUCAAUGCUCUGAAUGUCAAAAUCGCAAGAGAACUGCUUGGUAUCUGCACCCGGUGAGGGUGCAGAACAGAAGCACUCGGGGCCGCCUCCUCUGCAUCAGGUAGACAGCGGGCCAGUGAGGGAGAUUCCGCAACGGCCAAUAAAGAUGUAGGGCAGGGUGCAGGCCCUGGUUGUGGUCAGCUGUGUCCACCGCAUGGCGCCCUUCGUUCCAUGGUGCCCUCCCACAACCCUUAGACCUGUCCUUCCCAUAUGCAUUAUGUGCCCCACUUGUGCCUGGCCUUAACUGCAUAGUGAUGUCACUUACUAAAUAUUUAAUAUACAUUUUAUUUAAAACAGAGCCCAUAAACUAAGCAAGCCAUUACUGAAUGAGAAACCUGCGUCUAACUUCAUCUUUGUCCUCAGUACCAGAAGUGUCACAAUAUGUCCACUUGGUAAAAUUAUUUAAUUUCUAUAGUUUUGCUAGGUAUUUGUCUACCACCAAACAUCGGAGAAAUUAGCAUCAUAUAUUUGCCGAGUGAAGCAAUUCAGCUUUUAUUCAAAAUCUUUUAUUUCUUUAAAUUGUUUGACUUUCGUAUUUGCUCUUAUCCCUCUUUCUUUUCAUAUUGAGUUCUCUUUCAUAGAGAACUUGUCAGCACGCGCACUCUAGUGAUUUGUUCCAGUGGUUUUUUAUUCAAACAGCAAUGGUACAAUGUUUAACCUAAAGUAACUACUUCUAGAGAAGCCGCUAAUUGAUCUAAAGGCCCUUUAAUCUAUUUAUUUUAUCCUCCUGCUUCAGAUAAAGGCAAUUGUCCUGCAACUUUUGGAUAAGUCCAAAGUCUCUGCUAAUGGCCAGUGAUCAUUACCUGUUUUAAAAACGUCUACCUUUAUCUUCUUAAAUCGAUCAGAAUAAUAAGAAUGCAGGAUAAUCAAAUAUGGAGCAGACGGCUAUUCUACAUUUUGUGCUCAAAUUAACGUUGUCACAGACCACCGUGUUUGAUAAAAAUCUUUUUGUUUCUUAUUUUAUUUAAAUUUUUAUUCUUAGAAUUCUAAUGAAGAACCAGACAAACUUUGAGAGGUUUGGAUGUGAUGGGGAAGGAUAUAGGGCAGUAUACUCAAUAAGCCAUUAGAUAACUAACUGAAUGAGAAAUGGCGUAUGACUUCUUCAUCUUGGUCCUCAACACCAGAAGUGUCCCAAUAUGUCCACUUAGUAAAAUGAUUGAAUUUCUAUUGUUUUGCCAGCUAUUUGCCCACCACCAUAUAUUGGAAAAAUU